CAUUGAGAUUGGUGGCAGUGACAGGUUAAGAGGCAGCAAUGUAAUAAGAGUAGAGUUCUUCAAAUUAUUGAGUGGUGCUAAACGUGCAACGAAUAUGUGCUGGUUGAAUUAACAUGACCAGCUUAACUCUCCGUUGAGUGUUCAAUGAGUAUAAUUCGCUUUAAAUUUGACGGAUAUUCUUCUAGGACUAUUCUCCUUCUUGUCACGGGUCCUUUCUGCAGCUAGGAUACUCUUCAUUUAUGAAUACUUUUAGGAUAGUGUCGUGAACUAUGAGUAAAGUUUUGCUCUGCCACUUUAUGGUAUGCAGUGGACAGUGAGCUUUACUUAAUUAAAUUGUUGUGAGCUAGAUGUUGCUUAUUUACCAUGUUUUAUUGGCCCCUAAGCUUUGUAGCUUAUUAGCCGUAUGGUAUUUACUCAUAAGCAUAAAAUGUCUCCUCAAGACUAACGAUUUAUACCACAUUGCGCGGCUAGUCUCGAUACGCAUAGAACUUCGCUCCUGUUCUAGAUUUUACGUUCACCGCAUUUUAAAAACUUGGGGCUCGUGACGGUUGCUAAAAUCUUCGAUAAACAAGCGAGCAGUUCACGCCCACCAUUUGAAUUUCCAACGAUUUCCGUGUGGUUCCAGAAGAGAUUAUCCACACAGCAUUAACGAGGAGUUCAUUUUGAAAAACCUGAUGAGUGUAGGAUAUCGAGUUUAAUUUUGGGAUUGCGCUACGCUUAAUUUGAAAAUUUAUUAAAAUAAAAGUUAAAACUUUAUUGGCACUCGAUCGCUGGUCCGAACAUCUAAGAGUUAUCGGUAAAUUACUUGUCUAAAUAAAAGAAUAAAUGACGCGUCAUAUAUCAUAAAUCAUCUCAAAUGACUAUAUAUUAUUAUGUGUUAGUAGCUGAAACUGGAGCUGUCUAGAUAGAAAUGUUUCGUCAUGAAAGCAAUUCCACAGGAAACUGAACCCAUUCAUUGCUUUGUAGAUUACACAGGAAAUGAGUCGUUACGACGAUGAAAACUAUAGUCCGGGAGACUAUGAAAGUUUCGUCGAUCAGGGCGAUAAUGUCGAUCUUGAGGAAACCGGGAAUGACACUUGGUAUUUUAAUAUAGGGUUCGCGCUGUUGAACUUUUUCGGCUUUGUGUUGAAGAACGCUCAAUUCAUGAUCACGAAGGCUCAUCAUUUCAUAACGGCUCCCUUCGUGACGGUCAUGAGGGAGAAUCGGUCCCACCAACCUCGUGGCCGUCCACGGCGCUCGCAAAACUUGCAAAGGCCGCUACAUGAAGAUCCAUUGUUGCAGCAGCAGCCACGGCUUCGAGAGGAUCAGCAGCCACGGCUUCGAGAGGAGCAGCAGCCACGGCUUCGAGAGGAGCAGCAGCCACGGCUUCGAGAGGAGCAGCAGCCACGGCUUCGAGAGGAGCAGCAGCCACGGCUUCAACGUCACCCGCUAGAGUCUCAUCACAAAAAACUCAACCCAACUAAUCAAAAGCGAAAGCAAGAGUUGAAAGAAUACACUAAUAAUCAUUUUUCGGACAAGAAUCCAGAAUAUAAUCAAAACUAUGUGCAUGAUAAGAGUGAGAGGAGAGAUUCUUUUUCCGCGUUCAACACGGAAAUUCCGGCGCAAUGUAAAACAGACGUCCGAAACGGACCUGUGGGUGAAUUUCAAUCAAGCAGUAAUGUCAUGCCUACACGCACGUCUUCUGACUCUCUGAAUUUUAGGUCUAGUGUGAGUUUCAACAACGAAGAACGCAAUUGGAGCCGAAAGACGUACUAUGCUUACAUCAUGAAAAUAACCUUCUUGGAAACGAUGGAAGAACUUUGGAGGAAAGUUGGUCACAUGGUCACUUGUAUCGUAGUUGUGAGUGCGUGUAUCGCGAUUAUCGGAAUCAUUGCCAUGAUGAUUUGUGUCAUGUGGACCACAACAAUUUAUCGGGCGGCUGAUACUAAUUUCCACGUUAGGGAAGGAAUUCGUCCUAAGGGAUACGUCGCAACUUCGUGGUCUACGAGGGCGCUGAGAAGGCAUUACUGCAUGAACGAGUGCAGCAAUAACCCACAUUGCAUGGCCGGCACGUACCUCCACAACCGAACCCGGGACUCCAACUGCAACCUGUACAGCUAUCAAAACAGGGACAGGCUGAUGACCACCACAACGAUACCAGACCAGAAAUCAAUAAUCUUUUUCAAGAAGUCCAUCUUUCUGAUGGGAGAGGAAAACCCCAAAGACUUGCUGCUGUACUUCACGCCUUCUCGACCACAUUUGUAUACCAGCGUGGAGCUUGUGUGUGACAAACGAGAUCGCCUCUACCAUCCCGCGCUGUCCCUCCCUGGCACCGCCGUCCAUAGUUGGGUCAGAACCAACAUCAAGAAAAUCAACUCUGGCAACCCAAUUACCACGUCUUGGGUAGGCGUCUUCUACUACGUGGUGCGUCCGUUGACCCACAACAACGUGUACGACGAUGGGCACGUGAGCAAAAUAGGCUCCUACGCCAACAAAACCAGCGUCAAAGCCAAGCUCGUGUACGACGACGGCCGCCGUGUGAACUUUGUCAACAUGAACAGCAAGCAACGAGGCUUCGUGCUCUGCCAGGCCGAUCCUUUUGUCACCAAGAUCGAUAAAUUUCUGCUGGAUUCUUUUCACAAAGCGUGAUUUUCAAGCGUUCGUUUUGAGAUUAUUUUAUGUUAUUGAAGUUUAUUACUAGAUUGUCACUUAAAUAAAGGUACAUAGUUUAGCUUACGGUCGUUUUACUGAUUUUAUAAUUGAAGAUUUUGGAAUGCAAUUUCAAAUGGAAAAUGCUUCAUUUUCACGGUUAUUAUGGUUGAAGAUAGAUUCUCCGCAACAUUCAAACUUAAUACUUUACAUAGAUAAAAUACUCGAAUAUUGUGUCAAUUGCUUGAACGUGGGAUAUAGAUACAUAGAAGUAGGUAAUCAAUUUUCGAUGUGUAGCCUUUUUUGUCUAUGCGCAACUCUAUGAUACAGUAAUUUGAAAGGCUUGACCAACAGGCGUAUCCAACAUAAGUUCAUUGAGAAUCCUGUAGUCAUGUUAAUCAGUCUACAUUUUGGAACAUUUGGUAAAGUACACAAAUAAACGUGACCAUUUAAUUUUA